GGCAGCAGGGGUAGGAGGCACUCUGGCAGCUGAAAACAGCUGGAUGGGGCCCCACAAUGCACUGCGUCUGCGCCUCCCGGCUCUCGAUUCUGGGUUUUGGGGGUUUAGUGGUGAAUCCAUAAUGGCAGCGCGAGGUGAUUCCCCAGUCCCCUGAUAUGCAAUCAGCUGAAAAGGCGAGGAAAAGCGCACCACCGGACCAGUCUCAAAAUGACCACCGGCUUCAGCUCGAACUCCUGCCGAUUCGCAGACUACUUUGUCAUCUGCGGACUCGACACCGAAACCGGGCUGGAACCAGACGAACUGUCCGCAUUAUGCCAGUUUAUACAGGCUUCUAAAAUCAGAGAUGGGGCCGGACGGUGCUCAGCGAGUGCGGAUGAAGGUGAGAAUUUUGAGCAGAGUCCGUUACGGAGAACGUUCAAGUCCAAAGUGCUGGCCCAUUACCCCGAGAACGUGGAGUGGAGCCCAUUUGACCAGGAUGCUGUGGGAAUGCUCUGCAUGCCCAAGGGGCUGACGUUCAGGACGCAGGCGGACAGCCGGGAGCCGCUGUUCCACUCCUUCAUCAUCACCCGGGAGGACGGCUCCCGCACCUACGGCUUCACCCUGACCUUCUACGAGGAGGUGACCAGCAAGCAGAUCUGCAGCGCCAUGCAGACCCUGUACCACAUGCACAACGCCGAGCAGUACGACAUCCUGCACACCACCUCCUCCUCCUCCUCCACCAACGGCAGGGACUGCGGGGGCAGCCAGGAGGAGCUCGGCGGCACCGCGCUGUCCAAGCUGCAGCGCUUCAACUCCUACGACAUCAGCAGGGACACGCUGUACGUCUCCAAGUGCAUCUGCCUGAUCACGCCCAUGGCCUUCAUCCAGGCCUGCAGGAAGGUGCUGCAGCAGCUCCACCAGGCCGUGACGUCCCCCCAGCCCCCACCACUGCCCCUGGAGAGCUACAUCUUCAACAUCCUGUACGAGGUGCCCCUGCCGCCCUCCGGGAGGUCCCUGAAGUUCUCGGGGGUGUACGGCCCCAUCGUGUGUCAGCGGCCCAGCCACAGCGAGCUGCCGCUCUUCGACUUCCCCGUCGGCGAGCUGUUCGAGCUCCUGGGCUUGGAGAACGUCAUCCAGCUCUUCACCUGCGCCCUGCUGGAGAUCCAGAUCCUGCUGUACUCCCAGCAUUACCAGAGACUGAUGACGGUGGCAGAGAGCAUCACGGCCUUGAUGUUCCCCUUCCAGUGGCAGCACGUGUACGUGCCCAUCCUGCCCGCAUCCCUGCUGCACUUCCUGGACGCGCCCGUGCCGUACCUGAUGGGCCUGCACUCCAACGGGCAGGACGACCGCUCCAAGCUGGAGCUUCCACAGGAGGCCAACCUGUGUUUUGUGGACAUUGAUAACCACUUCAUAGAGCUGCCCGAAGACUUGCCCCAGUUCCCUAACAAGCUGGAGUUCAUCCAGGAGGUGUCGGAGGUGCUGAUGACGUUCGGGAUCCCUCCGGAGGGCAGCCUGCACUGCAGCGAGAGUGUGUCCAAGCUGAAGGGCUUCCGGGCUUGCGACGUGGCCUCCGACAAGCGCAACGGCAACCUGGCGGGCUCGCCGCUGAACUCCUACCACCUCCUGAAGGAGAACGAGACCAUCGCCCGCCUGCAGGCCCUGGUCAAGAGGACAGGGGUCAGCCUGGAGAAGCUGGAAGUGAGAGAUGAGGCCAGCAGCAAUAAAGACCUGAAGGUGCAGUGUGAGGAGGAGGAGCUGAAGAUGCACCAGCUCAACAUCCGGGUGCGGGAGGUCUUCGCCAACCGCUUCACGCAGAUGUUCGCCGACUACGAGGUCUUCGUCAUCCAGCCCAGCCAGGACAAGGAGUCCUGGUUCAGCAACAGGGAGCAGAUGCAAAACUUCGAUAAAGCCUCCUUCCUGUCCGACCAGCCCGAGCCGUACCUCCCCUUCCUGUCCCGCUUCCUGGAGACGCAGAUGUUCGCCUCCUUCAUCGACAACAAGAUCCUGUGCCACGACGACGAGGACAAAGAGCCCACUCUCAGGGUCUUCGACUCCAGGGUGGACAAGAUCCGCAUGCUGAACGUGAGGACGCCCACGCUCCGCACGUCGAUGUACCAGAAGUGCACGAUGAUUGACGAAGCAGAAAAGGCGAUAGAGAUGAGGCUGGUUAAGAUCGAUCACACUGCUCUGCACCCGCACCUGCUGGACAUGAAGAUUGGCCAGGGCCGCUACGAGCCCGGCUUCUUCCCCAGGCUGCAGUCCGACGUGCUGUCCACAGGGCCCAUCAGCAACAAGCCAGAAGUGCAGUGCCUGUUGUCUCUAGACUGGGGCUGGCACGAGCCGUCCCACAGGCCCUCUGUAAAGUCUGUGUCAGAGGUUGAUCUGAAGUACAUUCAGGAGGCCAGGAACCUAGGCACGACGAUUCGCCAGCCCAAGCUGUCCAAUCUCUCUCCGUCUGUGAUCGCCCAGACCAACUGGAAAUUUGUGGAGGGGCUGCUGAAGGAAUGUAGAAACAAGACCAAGCGGAUGCUGGUGGAGAAGAUGGGCCGCGAGGCGGUGGAGCUGGGCCACGGGGAGGUCAGCAUCACCGGCGUGGAGGAGAACACGCUCAUCGCCAGCCUGUGCGACCUGCUGGAGAGGAUCUGGAGCCACGGCCUGCAGGUCAAGCAGGGUAAAUCUGCAUUGUGGUCUCACAUGUUACACUAUCAAGAGAGCAAGGAGAAAAAAGAUGCUACACCUGGAAGUUUGGGUGCUCCAGGCUUCAUCCAGGACACAGAGAGAAGGAAGUCGGACACCGGGCCUGUCAUGCCUCCUCUGAAAGUUUCGCUCAUCCAGGACAUGAGGCACAUCCAGAAUAUCGGCGAGAUCAAAACCGAUGUGGGCAAGGCCAGGGCCUGGGUGCGACUCUCUAUGGAGAAGAAGCUGCUCUCGAGGCACCUCAAGCAGCUGCUGUCAGACCACGAACUGACCAAGAAACUGUACAAGCGCUAUGCCUUCCUGCGCUGUGAUGAUGAGAAGGAACAAUUCCUGUACCACCUACUGUCUUUCAACGCUGUGGACUACUUCUGUUUCACCAAUGUCUUCACAACAGUCAUGAUUCCGUAUCAUGUAUUAGUCAUUCCAAGCAAGAAGCUGGGGGGCUCUAUGUUCACAGCCAACCCGUGGAUCUGUAUCUCAGGGGAGCUGUCUGAGACGGGGGUGUUACAGGUCCCCAAAAAUACCCUGGAAAUCACCUUUGAGUGCCAAAAUCUUGGAAAACUGACCACAGUGCAGAUUGGACAUGAUAACUCAGGACUUUACGCUAAGUGGCUGGUGGAGUGUGUCAUGGUCAGAAAUGAAAUUACUGGCCAUGCUUACAAGUUCCCCUGCGGGAGGUGGCUGGGCAAGGGCGUGGACGAUGGCAGUCUGGAGCGGAUCCUGGUGGGCGAGCUGGUGACCCCCAGCACGGAGAGCGAGGAGCGCUUCUGCAGGACCCCGCCCAUGCAGCAGUCCCCCAGCAUGAUCCGGAGGUUCGUCACCAUCUCGCCAAACAGCAAACCAAAGUUAAACACAGGCCAGAUACAGGAGGGUGUUGGCGAGGCCAUCAAUGGGAUUGUAAAGCAUUUCCACAAACCAGAGAAAGAGAGGGGCAGCCUGACGCUCUUGUUAUGUGGGGAGUAUGGUCUGGUCUCCGCCUUGGAACAGGUGUUCCUGCAUGGCUUCAAGUCUCCCCGGCUCUUUAAAAACGUCUUCAUCUGGGAUUUCCUAGAAAAGGCGCAGAUGUAUUUCGAAAGCCCCGAGCAAAGGGAGAUGGUGCAGGAUGAGAACUGGCAGACGAGAGUGAGGAACUUCUGUCGCUUCAUGAACGCGAUCAACAGCACCCCGCGGAGUAUCGGCAAGGAUGGCAAGUUCCAGCUGCUGGUGUGCCUGGGGGCCAGGGAUCAUCUGUUGCACCACUGGAUAGCUCUCCUCGCGGACUGCCCAAUCACUGUGCAGAUGUAUGAGGACAUGGCGCUGAUAAAGGACCACACGCUCGUGAACUCUCUGAUCAGAGUGCUGCAGACGCUGCAGGAGUUCAACAUUACACUGGAGACCUCUCUAGUCAAAGGAAUAGGUAUUUAGGCACACAAGGACACAAGCAGCACCCGAUACUGCAAGCGCAAGGCGGAGCUUCGAAGGACUAUUCUAACACAUUUUUUUACUUGGAAAAGAGAAUUGAGGAAAGGACAUUUUUGGCUUAUUUUAAAGCUGCAGUUAUUUUGCCAUAUAUUAAGUGCAAUGAGCCUUUUACAGUGUGUCAUUAUGUUUGUUCUCAAAAUGUGCUGUUGACCCAUUUUUACUCUCUGUUGUUUUUUAUUUUAGUAACAGAAACAACCUGUGCUAUACUGUAUUCAAGAAUUUAGAUCUUUUGUUGUUGUUGUGUACUGCUGAUAAUAGCUAUAUUUAAAAGGAAGCAAACAAAAAUAACUUAAUAUAUUUUCAAAAAGGAACAGUAUUAUUUUGAUAUGUCUGUUGAGUUGCUUGCUCUGUUAUUGAAAUUUAGGUUUCACAGAGGCCAAACUUGAGCUCAAAACAAAUGUUGUAGAAGUAUACUUUAUAAGUACUAACCCUUACAACAAUGACAUGUAAAUGACCGAAAGGUUUCUAUAGAAAGUUGUUCUCUGCAGAAAUGUACUGCUACGUGUCUAUAGAAAACUUUGGGUUAUUUUUGUAAGGGAACGAUGGGAGAGAAUACGAUUUUUAAUAUGAAAUAUGAAAAAUGAACUGAAAUUAGUUUUUAUAUCUUCUAUAAUAGAUGUACACAUUUAAUUUUUUUCCCCAAAAUGUAGUGUCAGCGUUCAUUAUAUACUGCUUCUGCACGUUUUGAUUUCUCAGAUCAUACAUUCAGUUGUGCUGGAGAAGAGUUCACCCUGUCUAUUUUUCUAAAUUAUAAAUCAGGCUUUGGAGCUUCUGUCUAGUGCAUGUUGUCCUUUUUGUAUAAGCGACCGUCGAGUAUAAUUUCGGCAAUAAUCGGCAAGUUUGAAAAACCAUUAACCUCCAUUCUACUUUAAAAGUUGACUUGUUUUUCUGUCUGUGCUUUUACUUGUUCAUGCUUUCACAUUUAUUAUUAUUAUUUUUUAACCUGUUCAGACUUCACUGAGACUGAGUAUAAGUAACAUUCCUUCUAAGCUCUUUCUCUGAAUCUCCUUGUCAUUCCAAGAACAGGAUUGUGGGAAUCAUUCUGUUUUCAUGGAGGUUUGUGCUGAGCCAGACAUCCUCUCCGUUACUGACAGGACACUUUCUCCAUCUGCCCACCACCUGGCAUGUGAAUUACUGAAUUGUCCGCAAAAAAAUAUCCUCUUGCACUUCUCGAGAUAUAUACAGUGUAUGUUUUUAGUUACCCAUCCGCUGAAAAACAGGCAUUAUCAAAUAAGCCAGUGACCAGGUUUGGGAGUUUCACAUUUGGAUGUAGGUCGCAGUGGAGGAUGUAGGAUCUAGGUUUGAUUGUGUUUAGUUUGCUGCCAUUUUUAACAAGCGUGUGUGGAUUUGGAGUAGACUUCAGUACAUCCUCCUGUGGCACUUACAAGUUCAUAGGUUGUAAUCUGAUAGGAUCUGAAGGUCCACUUCAAGGCUUUCUUCCUGGGUUUAGAACGUGGCGGAUGAUAGUACAAUUUCCAGUUAGCUUUGCUGCCUCACACCUCCAGGGUCUUGGACUGAUUCCUGGUUCGAAACAGUCCUCUGUUUUGGGGGUAUUUCAUUUUUGCCCCCCCCCCGUUCUUGUGGAUUUUCGUGGGCUGCUGUGGUUUCCCCCCUCUUCCCAAAGACACGUAGGUUUAAGUUCUGAAUUGCCCCCUUUUUGGGAGUUUGUUCUCAGCAGGGCCAGUGGUUAAUAUUUGUUCCCAGUGCGGCCAGUGCUGAUAAUGUGAUUGAAACAGAACAAAAUCAGCUUGACGAGAUUAAUGGGAUGGGGUUGCGUUUUCAUUCUGGUGGUUCGGACCCUCAACUCGCAACGUUUUUCCAACUACGUCCGAGAAUGAAGCUACUUCUCACCUCUGGUACCGGAUCCUCUUUGAUUAACAAACUGUGACGAGGGUCUUUCUGAGGAAGUAUUUUCCCAGCUCAGUAAAUUUGGAGGGCAUCUGCUUGGCACUUUGGGCUAGAGGAUUUUUUUCUUGUAUAUUAUUCUCCCAAAUGAAAACAUUGACAAUUUUUAACGUCAUCAAAUUCAUUGACACUUUCACUUUUUAGUCCACAUUCCUGUAGAGUAAUCUCAGUUUUUGACAUGAUCUGGGGUGUUCUGCAAUUUGCUUGUUUCGCAAGACACUACAAGGACACGGUGAAUCUUUUAACACUGGGGAAAAAUAAGAAAUUGUAUUUGUGAAUACAGUUCUAUCCAAGUAUACAGACAUGCAUUUGUAUUCCUGAGCCAUGUGAAUCCAUGGAGAAUAGUGGAAGUUUACAGUGUUAUAUUUCACUUAAAGACAGUGGCUGUAUUUCUCAGCUCCAGUAGCCAUCUCCCAUAGAGUUAAGAUUGCUGCUGUUAAUAUGCUAUGCAAUAUUCACUACACAGAGCAAAAGUAAAAAACAAGAAAAAUUAAGGGUUAUAUGGUUCAGACUUUUGUCCCAUUGUACUUGGCAGCAGAGUUUGAAGGCAUAAUAGCUUCAUGGAAACAUUAAAUUUGACCAUUUCAUCCCCCAAAUGCUUGGCUAGUGCUGAUAUUUCAUCCGCCUUCAGUCUGAAACCAUAUACAGGCUGAGCUUCUUGGGACAGAUACUACUUUUUUAAAAAAGGUUAAUAAAGCAGUGUUGUGUAGUGUAAAAUAAGAAGUGGUUAACUGUACAGUGUAUAAAAUGUAAUAAAACAAAAGGAUAAUGUCUCCAUGUAAAAGUGUAUUGUAUAUUUUUACAUAAACCAUGAACUUGCUCUGUAGUAUGUAGAUUGCAAUUAAUAAUGUAUCUGGGAAGUGGUUUUAUAGAAGGCAUCCUUUUUAUCUUUGUAACUGCUCUGGUUGUAUCUAUUCUGUAUAGGAAAUGUAGCUCUGAACUAGAGAAAUGGCCCUGAGUAGUUACACUUGUAUUUUACACAUGUCCUGAUGAAUAAAUGGUAAACAUUUCCUAACA